AUGCGAUUUCUGCUCAUCGUCCAACUCUUCUUCUUCUACUUUUCCUCGGCGGCCAACAGCGAGAAGAAGUGCUCCAGAAAUAGCAUAAACCUCGGAAAACUCAUCGAUACACUACUCACCGAUUAUGACACACAUUUGUUGCCGGAAGCGGAGGGAGUCAAUGUCACAAUUGAGCUUCACGUUCAGGGUGUUUCCGGUAUAUCUGAGAUCACGGGUGACUUCUCAUUGGACGUAAUGUACAGUGAGAUAUGGCAAGAUCCGAGGUUAUCAUUCAAGCAUUUGAAUGUUUGCGCAACGAAUAUCACAUUGAAGUCCGAUUUCCGCAAAAAAAUCUGGACACCCGAUACGUGUAUUAUCAAUUCGAAAUCCAGCUCAAUUCACUCGUCGCCCAGCGAGAAUACAUUUGUGAUUUUAUACGAGAAUGGACUAGUUUGGAGUAAUUUCAGGUUAAAUGUCAAGACUCCGUGCUCCGUGAAUCUAAAGAUGUUCCCCUUCGACUCAUUAUCAUGUGAAAUCGUCCUGGAAUCCUACUCAUUCAACACUGACGAAGUACGGUUAAUGUGGCAUGACGUGCCUAUAACAAUGAUGGAAAAGGUAGAGCUACCGGAUUUCGAUCUAAUAGGUUGGUCGACCGACCAUCAACGAUUAGAAUAUCCGAAUGGAAUAUGGGAUCGAGCGAAGGUCAAAUUCACGUUCGCCCGUCGCUACGGUUUCUACCUUUUCCAAUCGUACUUUCCCACUUCACUUACCGUAAUCUCGUCAUGGGUUGGAUUCUUCUUCGACGUCAGGAGUGUCUCCGCAAGAAUCACUCUCGGUGUCUCUUCUCUUCUCGCACUUACUUUUCAAUUCGGAAACGUUUUGAGACAUUUGCCACGUGUCAGUUAUAUCAAGUGUCUGGAUGUAUGGAUGAUUUUCUCCGUCAUUUUUAUCUUUUGUACUCUGGUGGAGUUGGCAAUCGUUUGUCAGUUGAAUAGAUGGGAACGAGAACGACAAAUCGGGUCAAAAGUACUUGGUCAUUGGCUGAAUCAGAUCCGAAAAACCAGGAAAAAAGAGACGAAAGGAGGAGAUGAAGGCGGUGGUGGAGGAGCUCUCAGGAAGCGGAUUCCGAUUCUAGCUCAACUGAAAGCGGCGGCUGACGCGAAUUCUGGAACCGGAACUACGACGACGGCGAUCACAUCACCGAAUUCGAAUUCAAUUCAGGAUAAUAAUAAGCUGGUGGCAAAUAAUUUUACUUCGAUAGAGCACGAAACGUAUGCAUACGAAAAGAAGAACGGAUUUGCUCAUCGUUUGCAGCGAUUCGUUUACGCGAUUUGUCCGCCGGAUCGUGAUUGGACUAUUACGAGUGUACAGGUCGAUCGGUGUUCUAUGAUAAUGUUUCCUCUCUCAUUUCUCAUCUUCAACGUUGUAUACUGGUCAAUUUACUUCAUGAAAAUGGAUCGUCCUAUGUAA